AUGGCGGAGGACGGGUUGAGCGUGAAAGCGAUCUACACCUAUCCGAUCAAGUCGGUUCGAGGCAUCUCCCUCCCCAGUUUCUCGGCCAUGUACACGGGCUUCCCGCACGAUCGGCAGUUUAUGCUGUACUCGGUUGCCAAAGAUAAGAACAUGCACAUAGCUGAAUUCACCGAGAUGUGUCUGUUCACCACCGCUUUCGCGGACGACCCAUCGUCAGCGUCACCGAGCAAAGUGAUCGUCACGUACACCAAGGACCAUGCUUUCGAUAAGCCAGACCAGAUGGUCAAGGAUGAUCCCUUGGAGAUUGAUCUCGCUCCGGAUACCCAGGGGCUCGACACGUUCGAAGUCACCAUGCAUUCCAGUCCAACAACAUGCCAUGACAUGGGUGCCAAAUACAAUGACUGGUUUAGUGAACGAUUUGGCCAUCAGGUAAAACUCUUAUAUAUCGGUGAGAACCGGCGGAAGAUUCUCGGGAAUAUGCCGCCGUCGGUCGCGGGCAAACAGCGCGAUGAAUUGAACCAGACAGCCGGGACCGCACGGUCGGGAGGCUCUUGGUUGAGCAGCAUCGCUUCAGCCACGAGUAGCGUGGUAGGGACACUGCUGGGAACGCAGCAGUACGACGGGGAAGAUCAUGGACUUUCCUUCGCAGAUGUGGCGCCGUAUCUCGUCAUCAGCACCAAGAGUUGGGAGGACGCCCAGAGAAGACUUCCUGAGGGUGAAGUCAUGGACAUCUCCAAGUUCCGUCCCAACAUCAUUGUGCAAGGGGCCAAAGACGAGUAUGAAGAGGAUUACUGGGCCGAGCUGCAAAUCGGGGAUCAGGAUCCAGGAGCCAAGUUCGUCUUGACGCAGAAUUGUGCGCGGUGCAACAGUCUGAACGUAGACUACAACACCGGCAAGGUUGCCGAAAGCGAGGCCGGCAAGAUCCUCAAGAAACUCAGCUCCGACCGUAGGGUAGAUCCAGGGGCAAAGUGGAGUCCGGUCUUUGGUAGAUACGGGUUCUUAGCAAAGGUUCCAGAGGGAAAGAAUGCGGCGGAAGUCAAAGUCGGCGACCAGGUGAGGGUGGUGCGGCGGAACGAUACAAGGACUCACUUUGGUAUUUAUGAUUUCCCCCUUCCAAACCAAGACUUGCUGUGCUGA